AUGCCUGUAGUUUUAGAUGAUUUAGGAAAAAAUAAUUAUGUUAAACUUCUGGCAAAACAGUGUAAGAACAAAUUGCAAGUGCAAUACAAAGGAAAACUGCACUACAGAAUCACCACAUACAGCGAAGGGGAUUACAAAAAAGUGUACGAAAGUUUGAAACAAGACAUCAAGAAAUUUUACACUUUUCCACAGAAGGGAUCUGAGUUUAUAAAAAUUGUUGCUGCAGGAAUUCCACCUUACGUAACAAGUGAUGAAAUAUAUCAAGGACUGAUCAUAGAAUUCUGCAGAAUUGAGAAAGCUAUUCAAAUGACUAAAACCAACGUAUUAGGUGAAAAAAUCAAACUACCAGUGUUCGUACUUUUCUUUCAUCAUGAACAGGAUAUGGCUCGUAUUAGAAACAAAAAACACUUAGCAGGGUACGCAGUCAAAUGGGACAAAUAUAGAUCAAAUGGAAACAUUACACAGUGCUACAACUGCCAAAAUUUUGGUCACACUUCCUCUUAUUGCAACCUUCAGAAUAGAUGUGUGAAAUGUACAAAACCCCACGAGGCGUUCAGCUGCCCCAAAACCAGAGCGGAACCAGCGCAGUGCAUCAACUGUUUAGGCAACCACCCCGCAAAUUUCAAAUCUUGUCCGAAACUACUGGAAAUCAAAGCUAGAAGAGAACAACUGAAAAUCAAGGCCAGACAAAAUGUCUAUUUUCCGGCACCUGCUCCUCUACCGUUAACCAGAAAAUUCAAUGCAGUGUUACAACAUGGAGAGUUUCCAGCGCUACCUGAGCGAAUGACAAAUACCCUACCCUUACCUCAGAAUCCAGUUCCAUCGCCGCACCCUCAACAACAAGCCGCUCUGGAUCAAGAAACAGGUACACAACCGCAGGCCAAUAAUUUUAAUUUAUCAGGUAUCGUUUAA